AGUUGUCUUUAGCCCUUUGAUUUUUUUUGGCAUGCUUAUGGAUUUGCUUUUCGUUUUUAAAGACCCCCUUAUAGAUUUGUAUAGAUUUGGUUGAAGUCACAGAUGCCAUAUUCUUCAUCUUUAUAAUGCAAGUUUUCUUUCCAGGUAGAAGGACAAGAAAAUAAUGAGCCAAUGCCAUAGAAACGCAAAGGGUUAAAGGUUUUUCUUUUACUUUUGUUUUGGGUACUCUUGGUAUACUUUGAACAAAUGUGUUUUUCUGCUCAAAAUACUUGCAAAUUAUUGCAAAGUUUUCAUUCCAAAUUCUAGAGUUUUGGAUUGUUACUUUGAGAAACUGUUUCUCACACUAGUUCCCCUCUGUUAUAGCUUAGUAAAUGCACCUACUUUGCUGUAUUCAACUUUGUAUAGUUAAACAAAGUUAUAUACAAAGACUUUGGUGUUUAAUCGUUGGAGUCUGUUUUGCUAAUUGUAGUGUGCAAGGGGCAUAGUGAGCCUGAUGGAAGAUUUCCUCAGGUGAGUUGAGUCCCACCAUCAAAACUAAGUGCCUGUUUUUAAAAAUAGAUUCUGCUGCAGGUUUUCAAAUUAGACUUUCAGCCUGCAUGAAUUAAUAGGGAUAUUCUUUGCUUUACUUGCAUAAUUGUAAUUGAUUUAAACAUGUAUGUCAGAAUUCACAGGCCCAUACUAACUGUCCUUAAUUUCUUUCCUACAGCAGUACUGCUAUAUGCCAGUCCUGUCUGCAUUCUUAAGGGUGCAGUUCAACACAUCCUCUCUAGAUUAUGGUGAAAAAGUAUUCCAAAGGAAGUCUUAUCAGAGCUAGUGUCAGAAAGAAUGACACUACCAAUUGGGCAUGAUCGUCAGCAUAGGAGAUGUCUUAGAAUUUUAUUAUUUUGUCCUAAAUUUUAAUGCUAUACUAUUUGUAUAGCUAUUAUCACUUUUCUAAAGCAUAGUGUGCCUUUGUGGUUCUUGUUAUAUACUGUUUGGGCUUCUUUAAGAUAUUUUGCAGUUUGAAAAGCAAAUAUUGAAAUUUUAACCAAGAGACGAACACAUCUCUUUGUACACCACUUUUCUUUUGUGUGCAUCAUAGUAACUGGUAGAAUAAUAUAUCAUAAGUUAUGUUUCCAGUUAUGAUUGUACUUUCUAAGAAAUAGAAUUAUAUAUUGGGUCAAGGAAAAAACUUUAAAAAGAAUGAAGCCCUUUUUAGUAAUGUGACGUGAAAAUAUGAUUGUAGGAAUAUUUUUUUAUAAUCAGAUUUUCUAAGUUACAACUGUUUAGAUCACUGUAUGAAGAACCUAUGUUAGUCAGUUACUAUAGUCAGGAUUUUAACAGCUUGCAACAGGUAAUGUUUUGAAUAUAAAUAUCUUUCCAAAGUGUUACUAAUGGUAAAGAGAUAAUUUUCUAGGCUUCUAUUCUGCUGCUUGAAGUCAGAACUGCUGAUGGAGACAAAGGCACGAAAGUGAGGGAAGACCCCUGAUCCUAAAAUGAAUGCUAGAACCUACAUGGAUGUUAUGCGAGAACAACAUUUGACUAAGGAAGAGAGAGAAAUUAGGCAACAACUAGCAGAAAAAGCUAAAGCUGGAGAACUAAAAGUUGUCAACGGAGCAGCAGCAUCCCAGCCUCCCUCAAAACGAAAACGGCGCUGGGAUCAAACUGCUGACCAGACUCCUGGUGCCACUCCCAAAAAGCUGUCAAGUUGGGAUCAGGCAGAGACCCCUGGGCAUACCCCUUCUUUAAGAUGGGAUGAGACACCGGGUCGUGCAAAAGGAAGUGAAACACCUGGAGCAACCCCAGGCUCAAAAAUAUGGGAUCCUACACCUAGUCAUACACCUGCGGGAGCUGCUACUCCUGGACGAGGAGAUACACCAGGCCAUGCAACCCCGGGCCAUGGCGGUGCAACUUCCAGUGCCCGUAAAAACAGAUGGGAUGAGACCCCCAAAACAGAAAGAGAUACUCCUGGGCAUGGAAGUGGGUGGGCUGAGACUCCUCGAACAGACCGAGGUGGAGACUCUAUUGGUGAGACACCAACUCCUGGAGCAAGUAAAAGAAAGUCUCGUUGGGACGAAACACCAGCUAGUCAAAUGGGCGGAAGCACUCCUGUUCUGACUCCAGGAAAAACACCAAUUGGCACACCAGCCAUGAACAUGGCCACCCCCACUCCAGGUCACAUAAUGAGCAUGACUCCUGAGCAGCUUCAGGCUUGGCGGUGGGAGAGAGAGAUUGAUGAGCGCAACCGCCCACUUUCUGAUGAGGAAUUAGAUGCUAUGUUCCCAGAAGGAUACAAGGUCCUUCCCCCUCCAGCUGGCUAUGUUCCUAUUCGAACUCCAGCUCGAAAGCUGACAGCAACUCCCACACCUUUGGGCGGUAUGACUGGUUUUCACAUGCAAACUGAAGACAGAACUAUGAAAAGUGUCAACGACCAGCCAUCUGGGAAUCUUCCAUUUCUAAAACCUGAUGACAUUCAGUACUUUGACAAACUAUUGGUUGAUGUAGAUGAGUCAACACUUAGUCCAGAAGAGCAAAAAGAAAGAAAAAUAAUGAAGUUGCUUUUAAAAAUUAAGAAUGGUACACCUCCAAUGAGAAAGGCUGCCUUACGUCAGAUUACUGAUAAAGCUCGAGAAUUUGGAGCUGGACCACUGUUUAACCAGAUUCUGCCUCUAUUGAUGUCCCCUACACUUGAGGAUCAAGAGCGACAUUUACUUGUGAAAGUUAUUGACAGAAUAUUGUAUAAACUUGAUGACUUGGUGCGGCCAUAUGUGCACAAGAUUCUUGUGGUUAUCGAGCCACUGUUGAUUGAUGAAGAUUACUAUGCUAGAGUGGAAGGCCGAGAAAUUAUUUCUAAUUUGGCAAAGGCUGCUGGUCUGGCUACUAUGAUUUCUACCAUGAGACCUGAUAUAGAUAACAUGGAUGAAUAUGUCCGAAACACAACAGCUAGAGCUUUUGCUGUUGUAGCCUCUGCUCUGGGCAUUCCUUCUUUAUUGCCUUUCUUGAAAGCUGUGUGUAAAAGCAAGAAGUCUUGGCAAGCGAGGCACACUGGUAUUAAGAUUGUACAACAGAUAGCCAUUCUCAUGGGCUGUGCUAUCUUGCCACAUCUCAGAAGUUUAGUUGAAAUCAUUGAGCAUGGUCUCGUGGAUGAGCAGCAGAAAGUUCGGACCAUCAGUGCUCUGGCCAUUGCUGCUUUGGCUGAGGCAGCAACUCCUUAUGGUAUUGAGUCUUUUGAUUCUGUGCUCAAGCCCCUAUGGAAGGGUAUUCGCCAACAUAGAGGAAAGGGUCUGGCUGCUUUCUUGAAGGCUAUUGGGUAUCUUAUUCCUCUUAUGGAUGCAGAAUAUGCCAACUACUAUACUAGAGAAGUGAUGCUAAUCCUUAUUCGAGAAUUCCAGUCUCCUGAUGAAGAAAUGAAGAAAAUUGUUUUGAAGGUGGUGAAACAGUGUUGUGGAACUGAUGGUGUAGAGGCAAACUACAUUAAGACAGAGAUUCUUCCACCUUUCUUUAAACACUUCUGGCAGCACAGAAUGGCUUUGGAUAGAAGAAAUUACCGACAGUUAGUCGAUACAACUGUGGAGUUGGCAAACAAAGUGGGCGCGGCAGAGAUCAUAUCUAGGAUUGUUGACGAUCUGAAGGAUGAGGCUGAGCAGUACCGGAAAAUGGUGAUGGAAACCAUUGAGAAAAUUAUGGGCAAUCUAGGUGCAGCGGAUAUUGACCAUAAACUUGAGGAACAGCUUAUCGAUGGCAUUCUCUAUGCUUUCCAAGAACAGACUACGGAGGAUUCAGUAAUGCUGAAUGGCUUUGGCACAGUAGUCAAUGCUCUUGGCAAACGAGUCAAACCAUACUUGCCUCAGAUCUGUGGUACAGUUUUAUGGCGUUUGAAUAAUAAAUCAGCAAAAGUUAGGCAACAAGCAGCUGACUUGAUUUCUCGAACUGCUGUUGUCAUGAAGACUUGUCAAGAGGAAAAACUGAUGGGGCACUUGGGUGUGGUGCUGUAUGAGUAUCUGGGUGAAGAGUACCCUGAAGUAUUGGGCAGCAUUCUUGGAGCACUGAAGGCUAUUGUAAAUGUAAUAGGUAUGCAUAAGAUGACACCACCAAUUAAAGAUCUGUUGCCUAGACUCACCCCCAUCUUAAAGAACAGACAUGAAAAAGUACAAGAGAAUUGUAUUGAUCUUGUUGGGCGUAUUGCUGACAGGGGAGCUGAGUAUGUAUCUGCAAGAGAGUGGAUGAGGAUUUGCUUUGAACUUUUAGAGCUUUUAAAAGCUCACAAAAAAGCUAUUCGAAGAGCUACAGUCAAUACAUUUGGUUAUAUCGCAAAGGCUAUUGGCCCUCACGAUGUAUUGGCUACACUUCUAAACAACCUCAAAGUUCAGGAAAGGCAGAACAGGGUUUGUACGACUGUAGCAAUAGCCAUUGUUGCUGAAACAUGCUCACCCUUCACAGUACUCCCUGCCCUGAUGAAUGAGUACAGAGUUCCUGAGCUUAAUGUUCAAAAUGGAGUGUUAAAAUCACUCUCCUUCCUGUUUGAGUAUAUCGGUGAAAUGGGAAAAGACUACAUCUACGCUGUAACACCUUUACUUGAGGAUGCAUUAAUGGAUAGGGACCUUGUACACAGACAGACAGCUAGUGCAGUGGUACAACACAUGUCACUUGGUGUUUAUGGAUUUGGCUGUGAAGAUUCUCUGAAUCACUUACUGAACUAUGUGUGGCCUAAUGUGUUUGAGACAUCUCCCCAUGUAAUCCAGGCAGUUAUGGGAGCUCUGGAGGGCCUGAGAGUUGCUAUUGGACCAUGCAGAAUGUUGCAGUAUUGCUUACAGGGCCUGUUUCACCCAGCUCGGAAAGUCAGAGAUGUAUAUUGGAAAAUUUACAACUCCAUCUACAUUGGCUCCCAGGAUGCUCUCAUAGCACAUUACCCAAGGAUCUACAAUGAUGAUAAGAACACCUAUAUUCGUUACGAACUUGACUAUAUCUUGUAACUUUAUUUUGUGUCCAAUACAGCUGUUUCACACUUUAAACUUGCUUUGAUCUGAUGAUAUAAACUUGUAAAACAUUGCAGAUCAGUGUAGAGCUGGUCAUAGCGGAGGGGGUAGAAAUCCAGUAGCAUGAUUUUUAAAUAACCUUUGUUUUUUGAUGUUAAACAGUAAAUGCCAGUAGUGACCAAGGACAGUGAUUAUACACGCUAUACUGGAGGGAUAUCAUUUUUUAUUCAUCUUUAUGAAGAUUUAGAAUUCAUUCCUUGUGUUUAAAGGGAAUGUUUAAUUGAGAAAUAAACAUUCAUGUACAAAAUGCUAA